CAUCUUUCCGGCUGGCCAAACAGUGGGAAACCGCAAAUUAAGAUGGGGAUGGGAGACAUAGAUGAUGAUCAAGAGAGAUGCAACACAGGGCUAGCGCUUGGGAUUGGAGUGGGAGAAUUCAUGCCCAAGAGGAAGAAGCAAGUUGUGUGCUUGGAUCUCUCCUUUGCUAUUCAUCCCAAGGAAGAAACCAUAACCAUUGAUGCUGAUGAUUACAAGACGGAAGGGUCCAGUUCCAAGACAAUUGAAGAAGACAAAGAUUGCCUCUCUCAUGGAGCGUCUCCCAGGCACGAUCCUCCCCGCUUCCCAAGGAAACUCAGGCUCUCCAAAGAUCAACAAACUACCCUUGAAGAAAGCUUCAAACUGAAUAGAACCCUUAAUCCGGCUCAGAAGCAAAUCCUAGCUGAGACAUUGAAUCUACGGCCGAGACAAGUAGAAGUAUGGUUCCAAAACAGAAGAGCAAGAACGAAGUUGAAGCAAACAGAAGUGGACUGCGAGUUCUUGAAGAAAUGCUGUGAAAGUCUGAGCAACGAGAACCGGAGAUUGAAGAAAGAGUUGCAGGAGCUGAAAUCUCUAAAGCUGGAGCACUUCCACCGCCCUACUCCUCCGCCGGCGCCGGCGCCAUUUUACAUUCAACUUCCCAAGGCGGUGACUCUCACCAUGUGCCCUUCCUGCGAGAAAAUUGUUAACAAAGAUGGCACUCAUGUUGUUGCUGCUGCAACUGCUACACCCAAGAAGGAUGAUGAUGAAGCCAAGGUAGAAGAAGAAGAAGAAGAAGGCGGAGGAGGAGGAGGAGCAGCAGCAACAAUGGUUAUGGACGUGGUCCAUCAUGAUUCUGAUAACUAAGCCUACUGAUUUAAGCUACAUAUGCUGUUUGAGUUAAACAAAGCUAUUCUUUCUUUCUUUCUCUACGUCUUUUUAGUUUUUAAUAUAAUUAGAGUGAUUAAGCUGU